CGUGACAAAGUAAUGCCGACCAUGCUGAAAUUGUACGAAGAAACUCAUUCAAAAAAUGAUAAGACACCGGUUACUGAAGUGGCAAAAGAAACAAUGUCAAAAAUGAAAGAGCUUUUAGCGCAACGUGAGGCGGGAGAAAUAAAGAUGACAGAUGAAGAAAUCUAUGCAAAAGUUAAACCCAUUGGUAAACGCGGUCGUGAUCGUGGCAAGGGAGUAAGCCCCUCUAUUACAUCAUUAUAUGGGUCAUUCAGUGAAGGAGAAAAACUGCGAAAAGAAGCUAAUGAGGCAAAGAUUGAGGCAAAGGAGGCCAAUGAGAAAAAUGAAGCACUUACUAAAGAGAUGAAAGUGAUGAAAAAAAAUAUGGAACUUAUGAAAGGGUUCAUGGGAAAAAUAUUUGAUCGUUUGGGUUUUGAUAUGGAUGAGUUGUAUGCGGAAGGGGAUGGGGAUGGGGAUGGGGAUUGGGAUGAGGAUGAGGUUGAGGAUGAGGAUGUGGACGAAGAGCAUGGUGAGGUGUUACGCUGAUCUGUUGCUGCUGUUACGUUGAUUUGCUUUUGUUGUUACGCUGUAAACUGCUGUUGCUGUAAGUGCUGUUGCUGUUGCUAUUGCUGUAAGUGCUGCUGCUGUUGCUGUAAGUGCUGUUGCUGUUGCUGUAACUGUUGUUUCUGUUGCUGUCGCUGUUGCUAUUGCUGUUGCUGUAACUGCUGUAAGUUGUUGCUGCUGCUACUGUUGCUGUAAGCUGCUGUAAGCUGCUGCUGUUGUUGCUGUAAGCUGCUGCUGUAUGCUGCUGUCUUGUUGCUGUUUUUCCGUUUUGUUAGACUUUUGGUUUGACUUUUCAGUGACUAUUUUUAUGCACCAAUCUAGGGAAAUUUAAACCGUCAGGAGUGAUAGUAAUAUCCGAAUAUACCAAUCAGACAUCUUCUAAGACAUGUUAUUUUUGUGGUUUUUGUUUGUUUUGGGCUUGCUCGUUGUUGCAAGCUCUAAGGUGUUUUUUUGUUUGAGAUUGGACAACAAUUGAUGUUUUUAUUGUUAAUAAUAUUAUUGAAGUUGAUAAAUAUUCGAUUCUUAUGAAA